UCCAGCGUGUCCUGGGUCUUCCCUGGGGCCUCCUCCCGGUGGGACGUGCCCGGAACACCUCACAGGGGAGAUGUCCAGGAGGCACCUCCCCGCUCCUAACAGCAGGAUCUGCUUGGUGAACCUGUUUCUAUCGACAUUGAAAUGAAACGGCUGAAUGACACUAAUGUAUGCUCUCAUUUAUCAUCAACAGCAGUUCUUUAUUUUGUAAGAAAACAUUGCAACAGCCAAUGGGAUAUAUUGUGAUUGUGGUUCAUGGAUCACAUGACAAAAAUAAACUAGAAAACUGACGUGCUAUGGGCAAUUAGGCCUCCAUGAAUGUCUCAAGUGUUUCCAGGAUCUAUGCAGAUUUCAACAAAGCUCCGAUCUCAAGCUAAAGGAAAUUGAAACAUCAACUGAGAACUCCGUUUUCCUCUGGUUUAACCGACAGCCGGUAAAAGGAAGAGCGUCUUCUUUAGAGGCGUAUACAACAUAUACCUAGAUUUAUUUACUCUGGUUUUUACUUAACCUGAUGGAAAUGUGCUAAUGUAAGUAAUCUGUAGCAAGACUUUAUUAGGCACCAUCUUUGUUACCAAAUAAACAAGAGCAUCUACUGGUGUAGGAGGUGUGAUGCUGAGUGGAGUGGGGGAGGGGCAGACGCAGCAGCUUGCUCCUACUAGAUGGGAGGAUGCGCUGGAAGACGGGCUGGAAAGCCAGCCGGAUAAUGGGAUUUAACAUAACCGCAUGAGCCGGGUCCGUCUGUUCCCCCCGUUCCUUCCCCCUUUCACACACCAGCUUCGGUGGCUGCUCCAUUACCGCCUGCCGCUCCAUACCGCGUCCCUGCAGUCGUUCAGCUUCUGCUCUGACUGGAGACAGGCGACGCCACCAGAGUCCUGUCGGGCCUGAUCAGGUAAAUCCAAUGGGUCGCUGUGCAGAAUCCGUUUCUCUCCCUCUUCAAGGUCCGCCGCUGUGAGCUGCUGCAGCCCGGACAUAUGUCUGGUUCUGCUGCAGUGUUGGAUCUAUGCGCAUGCUGGUGCGCAUAGAUUUCACUCGGAACUCACUAUGGUUCCGAGUGAAAAACACUUUAGACUUUCUGCCACCUUAGAUUAACAUUCAUCACUUUAUAGCCAUAUUAUCAUGUUAGAGGUAUUGAUCAACAGCAGUACUUUCACGUCCAACAGAUACAAAGAAAACAGUACCUCGUUCUGUCAGUAGUUUCCUAGGAGACUUGUACGAGUAUAAUUCAAAAUUUGAAAAUGUAAAAAAAAUAUGUAUGUACGUUUAUUUUUUUCCCCAUAUUUUCAUUUCAGAACGUGAAAUUCACAUAGAGUUGUUCCACAUUGUGAUUUAAAACCUUUAUUUUUUGUCAUGUUGAUUAUGGCCUAAAGAUAAUAACCUAAAAUUCAGUGACUUAGAACAUUUUUAUAUUAUGAAAAUAUAUAAAAAUAUUGGAAACUCAUUUUGUUCAAUUCAAAAAUACUUUAUUAAUCCCAAAGGGAAAUUAAAUGUUGUAGCUCAGAUGGCUGUUGGCAGGAAAGCUCUUCGGAUCUCGCCCUAUCUGUGAGAUCUGAACACCCUAGCAGUCUGUACUGCACUGAAUCUGAAGAAGAUUCUGACUGAAGACACUCUGCCUUCCCACUGGAGUCUCAUGAGGAGUCUCAUGAAGUGUUGUCCAUAAUUUAAGAAUUAUUCUUUGCAUCAGCAUCUCCAGAGGUUCCACAGUCAUCCCCACAACAGAACCAGAACAGAACAACAGAACUGAUGCUGCUGCCCCAACAGAUGAUAGCAGAAGAGAAGAUGUUCUCAACAACAGACUGAUCUGCAGUGUCUUGCUGCAAACCUGGAAGGAUCUUAGGUUCUUCAACAAGUUCAGUGUUAGGGACAUAUGGACCAAUCAGAACUCUGAUGUAUGAUGGAGCUUUAUUAUUUUUCAGAAGUUGUGUUCUAAACAAAAACAACUUCUAAACAUUCUAAAGGCUGAAAUUUAGUCAUCUGGAUUUUUAUGUCUAAAAAUCAUGCCUGUGAUUGGAAACAUCAUGAUAAAGCUGAGUGUCCUAAGCAUAAAAAUAGAAUUUUUUCUCAUGUUGUUUGAUGAUUGAUGAUGGUGUAGUUUCAGUCAGUAGUACUGGUGGAACCACUGUGUCGGCACAGUGGUGCCGACACCACUGUGCCGACACAGUGGUGUUGGCACACCACACCUCACACCACCCUCACUGCAAAGCCAAAGAUUGCGGUGAGCAAACAAUAUUGCAUGAGUUCAUUGAAAGUUUUGCAAAGAUAUAUUUAUGUCCAACUCUUAAGGUUGCAGCACAGAGUUUCACCAUUGUGCUUGUCAGCUGGUAUGAGUCCUAACCCUAAACCUGGUUGUGUGCUUCAUGGCUUGGCAUCUCUAGUUCGGUCUCAUCUGUCUAAAGCAUGUUGUGCCUUAAGAGUUUUGGUUCAGUCUGAUGCAACAUAUACCUCACUUUGUUCUUAUUCUGUUUGUCCUUUAACCCUGCCAAACAAGUUGCAUUUGUUGUGUCAAGAAUUUUAACCUUUGACCUGUUAACUGAGCUCAGUUAAUGCAAUAUCAGACAUGAUCAUAUUUAAAUAAAGUGUAAGAAAAAACAUCCAUCCAUUUUCUUCCGCUUAUCUGGGGUUGGGUCGUGGGGGCAGCAGCUUCAGAAGGAAGGCCCAGACUUCUGGGGAGAGGCCCCCAGAAGGACAUCAUAUCCAUCAUAUCUGAGGGAUAUCCCCAGACUCAUUCCUACUUCCACUCAGGUAAUUCCCUUCACAUUCUUAUCUUAAGUAAGUCCUGCUGGCUGCUGUUUGAGAUCUUUUGUUGUUGGGAAUAAUUGUUCUCCCUGUUGAGUGAUGUACCAGUGAUGGAAAUAGAUGGAUACGGCCUGCUAGCCAGACCAAAACAAGAGGGAACACAUUUGCUUCACUGAGCUCAUUGCUGAUUUUUCUCUUCCAUGGACUGUGUUAAAGCACACCUGGAUAUGAUGUCCAAUUGUUCCACAGCACCAGGCUGAUACUUUCUCUCUUAAAUCUAAAGCAGUGAUAGUGUUUAGUUUUUAACUUGCCUUUUUUAUGAUUGCAGUCUUUUGGUUUUAUGUGCAGAAUAUUUCCCUCAUCUGUGAUCAGUGCUCAGCAACACCUCAACUAAAAUAUCCUGCCUCUCAAUGUUAUGGCUGUGGGGUUUGUGCUUCUCUUGUCCCUCCUGCUCCUGUCCCCACGCCCGUCUCUGGGUGUGUCUUCUCCCUGUCCUGCUGGCUGCCGCUGCUACAGCCUCACUGUGGAGUGUGGCUCCACCGACCUGAGGGAUAUCCCCCGACUCAUUCCUACUUCCACUCAGACCAUCUUCCUCCAGGACAAUGUGAUCAGUCAGAUUCGUCGAGUGGACCUCACGCUGCUGAAGCACCUUCAUUAUCUGUAUCUGCAGAACAACACCAUUUCAGGUGUGGAGCCUGGCUCUUUUCGGGACCAGAGCCAGCUGUUGGAGCUCGCCCUGAACGGAAACCGGAUCCACUUGCUCACACCGAACAUGCUUCAGGGGCUCGAACAGCUCCGCAUACUGUACCUGUCAGGAAAUGAUAUCACACGCCUGCUGGACUACACCUUCCAGGAUUUACAGCGUCUGCAGGAGCUCCACUUGCAGCAGAACAGCGUAGAGAUGAUAGCAGACAAGGCUCUGUUUGGUUUGACUUCUCUGGCUCUGCUGGACCUGAGCAGGAAUAACCUCCACACCAUUGGUCCUACAUCCCUGCAGCCGUUGGUUAGCCUGCAGGUACUGCGGAUUACAGAUAACCCCUGGCGCUGUGAUUGUGCUCUCCACUGGCUGAGGAGGUGGAUUGAUGAAGAUGGUCAGCGUCUGCUCAGCUCUGCCGAACGCCGGCUGGUCUGCAAUGAGCCACCACGUCUUUCCCACCUCAGCCUCGUGGAAGUCCCACUCAACAGCCUGGUGUGUAUCCCUCCAGUAGUUCAGCUGGAACCAAGAAGGUUAGCAGUCCAUCUGGGGGAGAGCCUCAGGGUGUCCUGCCAUGCCUCCGGCUAUCCUCGGCCACAAGUGACUUGGAAGAAAGCGUCUCAAAGUCAAGUGGUGGACUCCCCUCUGGGUCUGGUUCAUGAUCUGGGUGCUGGAGGAGGGGAAGGGUCAGAGGAGCCAUCUGAAGGCAGAGUCAGCCUCCAGAAGACCGCCGGAGAGUACUUUGACCCUGACACUGGCAGUGGCAUGCUGUUCCUCAGUAAUGUGACUGUGGCCCACGCAGGUUUUUAUGAAUGUGAGGCCUGGAAUGCAGGAGGUGUAGCCAGGGUGACUUUUCAGCUCGCUAUCAACUCAUCCACUUCUUCCUCAAUCUGGGCUUCAUGGUCUCAGGUUUCCUCAGCGUACUCUCCAGCUUGGCCCCGGCUGAGGAACCACAGCCCGGUUUUGGGUUCUGAUGUGAGCCGGGAGCCACUAUACGCUCUGGGUAGCAUGGCCUUCAGUGCUCUGGGAGCUGCCACUCAGACUGCCAUCGCUGUGGGUAUCUCCCUGCUGGCUUUGACUGCUCUGCUGCUAGUAGCCAUGAUCUACAGCCGACAUCACCAGCGGGACAAGGACGCCGACGGUGCUGAAAAGGAGGAGAGCAUCCUGUACGUGAAUGACUACUCUGACGGCCCCACCACCUUUGCCCAGCUAGAAGAGUACCGCGAUGAGCAAGGCCAUGAAAUGUAUGUACUGAACAGAGCCAAGCCUGUGCUUCCCCCUGCUCUGCCCACAGCAGUCUCCACUACCAAUCUGGACUGCCACGCACCAUCUGACACAUCCAGCCAAACCCUGUCCAUUGGGCCAGGCAAAACUACAAAUCCCACUGUCCCUCAGAACAAACAGGAGCAGCAAGAGAUUGACAUUCGAACCAUGAGACGCAUCGCAGGGGAAGGAGGGGAAGCAGAGCCUAUUAUCACAUCAGAGGCUGAAGGGUUGUUUCUCAACCACAGUGGGGUGUUUAUGGAAUCUCAGAUAGCUUAUGAGAUCCACUGCUAAAGGACUGCAGACAGACAGAACUGAAAAACCUUUGAAAAACCUCGUGGUUUCAUUUAGCGAUGAACGAUAAAGGCUCCCCCUGCUGACGCGUUCUGGAACACCAGACUCACCCAGGACUGACUUGAACAAUCCUGAACGAGAUAAAGCUCACAACCUGAAAACAGUUCAGACGUAAACCACAUCUGAUGGACCUGUAUGAUGAGUGCUCUGAUAGUCUAUUGGGUUACCUGCUACUAAAUACUGGUUUUGGAGGGGAGCUCUGGGGCUGGCCUCAUCUUUAUGAGACCAUGACAUCAGAAGACCUACACUAUUAGUGUGGAAAGAAACUGGUGAAAAGUUGACCACGCUAUAAAGUUUUUCCCGUUAAGUUCUAGGGAAAGCUUGUGUGGUUGGAUAACAUGUUCAUCGAUGUACAGGAAUUUUGUUGAGCCACUAGAAGGAUGUACAGUUAGAUCAGGUGGACAAAACUAGAGUUUUGUAGAUAUAGAUAAAAUAUUUGAAAUCUGAUUCAAAUAUCUGAUCUCUUGCUGCUAUCAUCAUUAUAACUUGAUGUUACAUUCUGGGUAAUAAAAAAACAGGGUUUUUCCAUUCUUUCCUCCCCCAACAUUUACACAUGUGGACAAAAUUGUUGGUACCCCUCACUUUAUGAAAGAAAAACCCACAGUGGUCACAGAAAUAACUUGAAUCUGACAAAGGUGAUAAAAAAUAAUUCUAUGAAAAUAAAUGAAAGCGACACAUUGCUUUUCAAACAUGCUUUAACAAUUAUGUAAAAAAAUAAACUCAUGAAACAGGCCUAGACACCAAUGAUGGUACACUUAACUUAAUAUUUUGUUGCACGACCUUUCAAGGAAAUCACUGCAAUCAAACGAUUCCUACAACUGUCGAUGAGACUUCUGCACCUCUAAGCAGGUAUUUUGGCCACUCCUCAUGAGCAAACUGCUCCAGUUGUCUCAGAUUUGAAGCCUUUUCCAGAUGUCAUGUUUCAGCUCUUUCCAAUGAUGCUCAGUCGGAUUCAGGUAAGGGUUCAUAGAAGGUCUCUUUAGAACAAUCCAAGAACAAUCCAUGGAUGUUAAAUAUCUGAGUAAUAUGUGCAACUGUAGUCAUCAAGCUGCUUGGAGAUGGUCUUAUAAAAUGUACCUUUAUUGUGCUUGUCUAUAAUUUUCUUUCUAAUCUCCUGAGACAACUCUUUCCUUUGCUUUUGCUGGUCCAUGUUGAGUGUGAUACACACCAUGUCACCAAACAGCAGAGUGACUACCUGUAGCUCUAUAUAUAGGCCCGUUGAUUACAAGAAUGUAAUCAAGUGGAUACACCAUCAUUUAACAUGUCCCUUUAUUUGAUCACAUUAUCAUCAUUUUUGUCCAGGGCUGUUUCAUGAGUUAAUUUUUUAACUUAAUUCUGUUGAAGCAUCAUUUAUUUAUUUUCAUAGAAUUUUUAUUCAUUAUCACCUUUGUCAGAUUCAAGUUAUUUCUGUGACCAUUGUGGGUUUUUCGUUCAUUAACCGAGGGGCAUCAAAAUUUUGUCCAUGUGUGUAGGUCCAUCUUGAAUCAAUGACAACUUGGAUUUUAAUCGGUGUGGGCCUCUGCAACAGAGGUAGACUGAAUAAUGGAUGGUCUAGAACAUGUAGAUUUCAGUAAUUUUUGGAUAAACCAAAAGCUAUGUUUCGAAACUUUGUUCAAAAUGUGCCAUUUGUGCUUUAGAACAUGAAAGAAAGAACUUUGUAAAUAAAGGUCUAAAGAUGAG